AUGGGCAAAGCAUCUAAAUGGUUCCUAGGUCUAAUAGGAUUCAAGAAACCUGACCCGGACCACAAACCAACCAAGAAGAAAUGGACCUUCGUCAAAUCCUCCAAAGACAAAGAUCACUCUCAGAUAUUGACACCGGAAAAAUCCCAACAUGGCGUCGUUCCGUUGAAUCCCAGUGGCGAAACUGAGAGUGACGCCAGUAAGCACGCCAUUGCCGUGGCGGAGGCCACUGCUGCUGUGGCGGAGGCUGCCGUUGCGGCCGCUCAGGCAGCCGCCGCGGUGGUUGAGCUUACCAGCAGUGGUAGCACUACUGAUUCUGCAGUCAGUGGAUGCGUGAACAUGUCGGCGCGUGUUAGCCAAAUGGCAGCCGGUUAUGGGAAUCGUGAGGACUUGGCCGCCGUUAUGAUCCAGUCCCAUUUCCGAGCGUAUCUGUCGAGAAAAGCUUUACGUGCACUGAGAGCAUUAGUCAAGCUGCAAGCACUGGCAAGAGGACACCUCGUGAGGAAACGCACUGCAGAUAUUCUGCGACGAAUGCAGGCAUUGUUAAGAGCUCAAGCAAGAGCUCGGAUGGGCCGGGCCACGAUUUCUAAAUCUCCACUUUCAAGCAUGAAGUCCCCUCAAACCAAUCAUCCAGGACCUGCAACUCCGGAGAAAUUUGAACAUGUUAUUCGAGCUAGGAGUAUGAAGAACGAACAGUUGAUACUGAAGAGGAACGAUCUGAACUCAAAUGGCAAGUUCCUCAUCAAUAAAGGAUAUUCGACAAGAACUGGUCGAUUUGAUGAUGAAAGGAGCGACAAGAUACUUGAUGUAGACAACGAGAAGCCAUAUAUAACGCCCAAACAUAGAAACCUCUUUCACUCAUCUCAUCUUAGCAUUGGGUCGGACCAAAUCUGUCAUAGCUUUUCUACAUCAAAGGACUCUAUAUCCCGUCUAAAUCCAUCUUACAGUGAAGUUCAAUCCCCUCUGAAGUUUACGCUUAAUGUUGAUGAAACCUCAUUGGAUGCUGCUGACAACAGAGGACCAUUUACGCCUACUAAGAGCGAUGAAUCGAGAAGCUGUUUAAGUGGAUACUCUGACCUUCCUAACUACAUGGCUUACACUGAAUCGUCAAAAUUUAAGGUAAGAUCUCUAAGUGCCCCAAAACAAAGGCCUCAAUACGAGAGAUCAAGCUCGACUAAAAGAUAUUCGAUUCAUGGGUAUGAUGAAUCAAGAACAAAUAUUCAGAGGGUUUCUGCAUUGCAUACAAACUUCACAAGCAAAGCUUAUCCUGGGUCUGGUCGUUUGGACAGACUCGGAAUGCCCGCUAGAGGAGAUUUCCAGAGUUUCAAUGGAGGUCAUUGGAACAGAUAUAGCAUGUAA